GUUCAGAAUGCAGCACUGUGCAAAUCAAGGAAGGUAGCAUUCCGUCAACGCAGUGCGUGAGGCCUUAAAACGUGAGACCUGAACUGCAGAAGCUCUGCUGCGGCUUGUGACACCUGGGAUCCAGGAGACUGCAGCAACGCCAAGAGGAACUCCUCAGGAGGAUUAUGCCAUUGUAGCUGACAAUCUGAGCUUCAGCAGCACACGACAGCGACUUCCCCUCACACCCAGCAGGAACCAUGGAUGACCCCUAUCACAACAACGUGAACCAGCAGAUGAUUGAUACUGGAGAGUACACCUACACUCAAGACGGAGGAGGUCACGACGGCUACCCUUACCAGACCGACUACCCCCAGCAGGAUGAGGACGCAGCCAGUGACGCCACCGAGGGCGCGGACGAGGAUGAUCAGAUGUAUGAAGGGGAAUACCAGGGCAUCCCCCACCCCGAUGAGAUCAAGGAGGCGCGGCGGGCGGCUCGGCUGGAGGCCAGGAGGAAAGCCCGUCUGGCUGCACAGCAGGAGGAGGAGGAGGAGAACUUGCCGGAGCAGUACGAGACCAUCAUGGAGGACUGCGGACACGGACGCUUCCAGUGGAUGCUCUUCUUCGUGCUGGGUCUGGCGCUGAUGGCUGAUGGGGUGGACGGGUUCGUGGUGGGCUUUGUCCUUCCCAGCGCCGAGAAGGACAUGUGCAUAUCCAACGCCGACAAAGGACUGCUGGGUCUGUUGGUGUAUGUGGCCAUGAUGGUGGGUGCGUUGGUGUGGGGCGGUUUGUGCGAUAAGAUGGGCAGGAGGAAGUGUCUGAUCUACGUCYUGACCAUCGACCUGAUCUUCUCCUUCCUGUCCUGCUUCGCUCAGAGCUACGGCUUCUUCCUCUUCUUCAGGUUCUGCUCUGGCUUUGGAAUCGGAGGUUCCAUCCCAAUUGUGUACACCUACUUCACUGAGUUCCUGCAGAUGGAUAAACGUGGAGAACAUCUGAGCUGGCUCUGCAUGUUCUGGAUGCUGGGAGGCCUGUACGCCUCCUUCACCGCCUGGGGAAUCAUUCCUCACUAUGGUUGGGGUUUUGCCAUUGGGACCCAGUUUCAGAUGCACAGCUGGAGACUCUUCAUUCUGGUGUGCCUCUUGCCUGCGCUGGCUGCUCUCGUCGGGAUCUUCUUCAUGCCAGAGAGUCCGCGUUUCCUGCUGGAGAACGCUCGACACGACGAGGCCUGGAUGAUCCUGAGGAAAGUUCAUGACACCAACUGGAAGGCCAAAGGCGAGCCGGAGAGAGUCUUCACUGUGACAAACAUAAAAACUCCACAAACUCAAGAGGACGAGUUCAUAGAGAUCCAGAGUGAUACUGGGACUGCCUUCCAGCGCUGGACUGUCCGAAAAAUGACCAUGCUGCAGCAGGUGAUGGCCAACGUGAUGUCUUUAUCAGCUCCAGAGCUCAGACUGCAAGGCCUCCUCCUUGUCAUUGUGUGGUUCUGCUUGGCUUUCAGCUACCACGGACUGGGAGUUUGGUUCCCGGAUAUGAUAAAGUACAUGCAGUACGAAGAGUUCGAGUCCAAGGUCCGAGUGUUUCAUCGAGAACGUGUGGAGCGCUUCCACUUUAAUUUUUCUUUGGUCAACCAAAUCCACCGCGAGGGCGAGUACAUCCACGACAAGUUUGCAAACAUCGAGAUUAAGUCUGUAAAGUUCGAGGAGUCCUUAUUUGAGAACUGCUACUUCGAGGACAUCAAAUCAACCAACACAUUCUUUGAGAACUGCACAAUUAAGAACACGGUCUUCUAUAACACAGACCUGUGGCAGGAGAAGUUCAAAAACUGUCGGAUGGAAAACACCACCUUCCUCCACCCUAAGACAGGCUGCCAUUUAAACUUCAAGGAGGAAAACGACAUUGUCAUUUACAUGGUCAGCUUCCUGGGCAGCUUGGCUGUGUUGCCUGGCAACAUCAUCUCAGCAUUAUUCAUGGACAAGAUAGGAAGGAUCCGAAUAAUAGGUGGCUCCAUGCUGGCGUCCUCAGCUUGCACCUUCCUGCUGCUGUUAAGUUUCAGUCAAGGAGCUGUAAUUUGCUGGCAGUGUCUCUUUUAUGCUGUCAGCGUGGCAGCCUGGAACGGACUAGAGGUCAUUUCUGUGGAGCUGUACCCCUGCUCCAAAAGAGCCACAGCGUUUGGUAUCCUGAACGGGAUCUGUAAGUUUGCAGCCAUCAUGGCCAGCUUCAUCUUUGCGGCCUUCAUCGGCAUCACAAAAAUCAUCCCCAUCUUCCUGGCCUUCGCCGCCCUCGUCUGUGGAGGCCUGGUGGCGCUGAAGCUGCCUGAGACUCGGGAGAAAAUCCUCUCUUGAAGACACAAACUUCCCGCUGCGCCUGAGACUCAGGCGCUCACAGUAACUGACCAGAGGAAGCUUGUUUAAAGCAGCUUCAAGUCCAAACAGGAAAGAUGUUAAAGGAAAGGUUGUGUUGAGUGAGUUGUGUUUCUUUUGCCUGCAUCAACCUGGGGCUGCUUUCUGUCCCCCGCUCAUCGUUUGUCGUCCCGUUCACACCGAGAAUAGAAAUAGUUUGUUUGAGAUUUGUGUCAAAGAUUAAAACAUAAAACGUGUCUGUGUUUGAAUGGUUGUGUAGUUUAUGUUACUAUGUGGUGCUUUGAUUUAAUGCCCUUUUGACAAAAGAACAUUUUAGUGAAAGUUAAACUCAAACAUUCAACCAACCUUCAGUUCUGUCUACAGUUGGUGUUCACUUUGGUCCUGAUAAACCAGUUCAAUUUUACUUUAUUUAAAAAUAAUAACAAUUUCACAUCCGAUCCAAAUUUAUCCUCCUCUGUGUCUCUUUAUUGUAUUGUCACCUCGUCUUUGACUCUGUCCUCGUUUCUUAAGCUGUGAACUGUAGAUUAAAUAGAUUCUUUAUUUGUCACAUCUUGCCAUGAACAAAUGUAAGCAGCUGUUGUCUAUUUUGUUUUUUGUCUUUUUCUAAAAAAAAAAAAAGAAAAAAAGAGAGAGAAACAGAGAGAAGWCUGAGAUUAGAUGUGUUGAUGUGAUACUUCCUACUUUUAAAAUUCAGAUGAAGAACAGAACAAGAUCUGCACAACUUUUCUGACGUGUCAAGAUUUCUGAGGAGCAUGUUACUUUGUUAUGGGUGUGUGUGAGUGUGUGUGAGUGGCGUUAACAUGCCCAUGAAUCUCCUCAGACACACACUAACAGGACUGUAUUAUCUGUUGUACAUAUAGACCUGUGUAUAUUAGCUGUACCAUAUUAGCUGCGUCAUGACUUGAAUAAAGCUGAGGGCUCGGGA